AUGGACCAUCUGGAGCCACCCGCCUACACAGAACCGCCGAGCCUGCCCCAUCAGCAGCCCGGCACCGCCGCCGUAGAUUCGCUGCCGCAACUGCGAGAUCGCCGGCGUGAGAAGCCGCUUCUGUCAUGUACCUUUUGCAGGAGUCGCAAGGUGCGGUGUGACCGUCAGCUACCAUGCAAGACCUGCACGAACAGGGGAAUCGGCUUGUCCUGCACCUAUGAGUUGGGCGGGUCACGCAAGGGCAAGAGCAAAGUCAGCGUCGGUGAUCGUAUCCAGCAGCUCGAGGACCUCGUGCGCUCCCUGGUCGGGCAGCAGCAGCAACAGCAGACGCCGGCCGCACAAUCCGAUGCCGAUGGCCUCGUCCGAGACGUUUCGGAGCAUUCGUUCCAGGCCUCGCCGACCGCGUCGCCGCAGAGUGUCCCAACGACCCCGCUGGCAUCAUCGGUCGACAAGGACGCGCUCGUACCGGCCCAGAGUCAUGCGUCCAUAUCGCGGAGCAGAGAUCGUGACCGGGACCGUGCCGGCUCCCCCGCACCCUCGGAGCCGGGCAGCAUGCGUCUGCACUCGCAUGGUGUUGGUGCCAGCUACGUCGGGAGCGUUCAUUGGGCCGCCGUCCUCGACAGUAUCUCGGAGCUCAGAGACCACUACGAGGAGGAAGAGGAGGCCCGGAUGCUGGCCACCAGCGACCAUGUGCUUCUCCAAAGCCCUGGCCCCCGACUGCUAUACGAGCCCAUCCAAGCCACAAAAGCCCAUCUUCUUGCUUCAAUCCCGGCCCGGCCCGUACUGGACCGCAUGGUCGCACGGUACUUCAACGCAGAAGGGGUCGUGCCGGCAAUACUUCACAGUGGACAUUUUCUCCGAGAGUACGAAAAGUUCUGGCAGGAGCCAGCUGCCAUGUCGUGCAUCUGGAUUGGACUCUUAUUUAGCGUAAUGUGCGUCGCCACAUUAUACCAACAGUCGAUUGAAGACCCGGCAGAUCCGGAAACUCCAGAACGCGUGCGCGUGUUUCGGGAACAGACUCUGCACAGCCUAAUCCUAGGCCAAUACACCAGGGGCGGGGAAUACGUGCUUGAAACAAUGAUCAACUAUCUCAUUUGUGAGUCGUUUAUAGCCCAGGAUACUGAGAUCGGGCUCUGGCUUGUACAAGGCAUCAUCGUGCAGCUUGCCCUGACUCAGGGCUACCACCGAGAACCCGAGAAGUUCCCCAGCAUUUCCCCAUUUGCCGGUGAGAUGCGGCGGCGGGUGUGGGCCAUCAUCGUGCAGAUGGAUCUUCGUCUUUCAAGCCAGUUGGCGCUGCCAUCCGUACUCAAGUUGCAGCAGUACGACACAGCUGAGCCGCGGAACUUGCUGGACACAGAUUUCGAUGAUACUACCGUCGAGCUGCCCCCAUCGCGUCCCGAGACUGAGGUCACGCCCGUGCUCUACAGCUUGGCCAAGAGCAGGGUAGACAAGAUGAUGGGGCUAGUCAACGACGUCGUUAACGACACCCAGGAGCACCCGUACACGGAGAUUAUGGAGCUGGACCGGAAGCUACAAGAGGCCGAGGCCUCACUGCCACCAAUCUUCCGAUGGCAGCCUCUCAGCCAAUCCUUCAUGGUGGCACCCCAGGUCGUCAUGCACCGCGUGUUGCUCCAGCUCGCCAUACAGAGGCUGACAAUUUGGCUUCACCGCAACGCUUGCGUCCAGGCGGCCAUCAAGAUCCUAGAGUUCCAGCAGAUAGUGAUGGAGGAAACACAGGGAGAUGGGCUGCUGUAUCCCGCGAGGUGGGCGCGGUGGAUGCUCCUGUCCUCGCGGCCGCGGGCCGUCUUCUUGCUGGGCGUAAGCAUCCUCUGCUACUAUAUACAGCUGGCCAAGUCCCGACCGGACGUUUCCCUGGACCAGGCCACGGGCACCAAGAUUCACAAUCUGCUUCGCAACGCGUAUCCCCUCUGGCUGCACUCGCCCACCGUAUCUCGGGAAGCCCGGCGGGCGAUUGACCACCUGAGUCUCAUGUUGGGGCUGCAGGAACAAGAUAUCGGCACGCCUCUCACUGGCUCUGCCACUGCCACGCCUCAGGGCACGGAUAUGUCGCUUGACCAGUUCACUUGGGACGCAUACGAAGAGUGUAUCGCUAGUUUCCCAGCAACGACAGCUUUCGGUGGCGAAUUUAUGGGGCCGAGCCUGCCCGGCUCCUCUUCAUCAACGAGCAUCUCUACAGCAGAUCUUUUGUCAAUGAAUCUGAACACCCCAGAGUCGGGCGGCUGGAUGGACAGAGGAGCCUUUAGGCCAUGA